CACGUGCAAACAGUUUAAAAGUGUCGACGCGCCGUUGAGCUCGUUUGUUGGAUGUUUGGGGGCAGCGAGGACUCGUCCGCAGCUCGUUCUCUGUCGUAGCCAGAGGUUUAUUUCGCUGUCUUAGUAUUUGACAACGAUGUGCUCGUGUUGAGGAUUUUGAACUCCGCUUUAACUUGUUACCCCCCCAGUCAUAAAAAAAAAAAAAAAAAACAGGCCAACAUGCUGCCGGACGCCUUCGGCUGCGCGGUGGCGAACAGGUAUCUCCUGGACGACGACGCCGACCCGUUCGACUUGAUGAGUCAGGUGGAGACGGUGAAGGAGAAGAAGAAGAAAAAGAAGAAGGAGGAAGAGGACAAGAAGAAGCAGAAAAAGCCUGGACAUAAGGAAUCACAGAAGGACAGGCGCCAACCGCUCGCCUCGGAUGGUCAAGACCCGGCUCCAGCUCGUAAGCAGCAGCAGCAGCCAGUGCGUCCUGGACAGGUGAUGGAGGGCGGCGAUGGCGAGGAGGCGCAGAGGGGCAUGAAGAGGGCUGCCUUCGGGGAGCGCAGGGUCCACCAAGAGGAGCACCCACAGGAGUUCUCCAUCUCAAAGCCAUUCUACAGUGCAGACUCUGACUUCAGGGGCAGAGGGGGGAUCAGAGGCAGGAGGGGAUUUAGAGGUGGUGGAGCGGGAGGAUCCACAAGGAGCUCGGACAACUUCAACCCGAGGGGCAAGAGAGAGUACGAUCGACACAAUGGAACAGGUAUCUCCCCUGAGGAGAAGAGAGGAGGCAGAGGGCCCUGGAACUGGGGCUGUGUUGAGGAAACAACAAGUGAAUUAAUGGAGGUGGCAACUGAUGCUCCGGUCAAGUCUGAGGAGCCACAAAUACCUUCGGAGGAAGAGAAUCAGAUCCGUGCAAUGGACGAGGAUGGAGAGAUGGUGGUCCAGGUUGCCAUGGAGAUGAGCCUGGACGAGUGGAAGGCCAUGCAGGAGACUAGUCGCCCCAAGGUGGAGUUUAAUAUCCGCAAAGCAGAGGACCAGAUUCCUUCUAAAGCCAAGGUCAUCCAUGAGUCAAAACACCUGGAGAAAAUGAAGGGGACUGUAGAGGACAUGGACGAGGACGGCCACUUCCUCCGCAAGUCUGUGAACGACAUCACCUGCCUUCUGGACAUCAAUUUUGGGAGCCUUGGACGCCCCAGCCGCGGGGGGCGGGGAAGGGGAGCACGAGGUGGUCCAACUAGUCGCCCAGAGAGAGCUAAACCAAUGAUGGAGAGGCAGGACGAUGAGCUGGCUCCUAACCCAGAUGACCCAGAGGACUUCCCGGCACUAUCAGCAGGAAGAUGACUUAAUUGCCUUCUUGAAACUCCUGCAGGGAAUAAUGGUGGCACUUGACACUUGCUAAGAAAAAAAGAACUGUUUUCAUGUUUCUGCUGUUCUUAAGGUUUGGGGUUUUAUUGUACUGGAUUUAGUUUGUUCUGUUGCACCAAUGGCACUGUUCAGCAUUUGAUUCCUGGAGAAUAAAUGCAAAUUUGCAAAUUUA